CAAGACUCGGGCGCAAGUGCCCGCCACGCCGUCGACGCCCAAGGGUGCAAUAAGAAGCCGAGGGCGCGGUAAGUGCCGCCCCGCAGACGCCCUCCGGACCCCUCUCGCCCCAUAGUCCUCUCCUUCCCGCCCUCUGCUCUGCUCCCGUCGUGCUACUCUUACACUCCACGCUCAUUUGCCAGCUAUAAGAGCGCAGCCCCGCCGCUGCCGUCCGCAUCUUCUUACUUCGUCUCUGUCCUGGCCUUCGCUUCUCGACCACGCCUCCGCGAUGCGCUUCUCCACUGUGCUCUGCGGUCUCGCUGCCCUGACGCUCAGCCAUGCGCUGCCCACAUCCCUCGACGCGGCCGCACCACGCAACAGCAGCGCCUUGCGUGAGCCGCUGCUGCUGGCCUCGCGCGACAUCUUCACCGACAUGCGCGGCGACGGCACCGACGGCGACGGGCCGAUGCUCACCAGCGUCGGCUCGACGCCGCCGUACGCCUUUGCCACGACGAUUCCCGUGGGGCCGUUUGAGCUGUUUGCAUGGCAGAGUAAGACGCCGAACAACGAGGCCGACGCCGAGAGCGUCUUCAUCAUUCUGCACGGCGUCGAGCGCAACGCAGGCACAUACUUCCGCAUCCUCAACAGCAUCUUCUCGGCGGCCAACAAGCGCAAGCUCGGCUCGGCCGUCGACAAUUCGAUCCGCCUCUCGCCGCUCUUCUUCUCGACGGACCGCGAUGCUCCUGCGCUGAACGCCACGACGCUGGGCUGGGAUGACCCCAACGCAUGGACGGGCGGCGACGGCAGCACGCACCCGCUGGGCAGCAACGUGUCGCUGUUCUCGGCGUACGACGCGCUGCUGCUCAAGUACAGCAACCGCCUGAUGUAUCCCAAGAUGAAGACCAUCACCUUCCUCGGCCACGGCGGCGGCGCCCAGGUCGUGCAGCGCUACGCCGUGCUGGGCCGCGAGAAUCCGGCCAAGAAGCGCAUCAGCGUGCGCUACGUCGUCGCCGACCCCUCGUCCAUGCUCUACUUCACACGUGAUCGUCCCGUGCCCGUCGACACGACCGAGUGCUCGUGGUUCAACGACUUCCGCUACGGCUUCAGCAACUACCGUGCGCCCUACCCGCUGCUCGGCUCCGCCAGCGCGCUCUACAAGCGCUAUGCCGCACGCGAUGUGCGCUACGUUGUCGGCCUCGACGAUGUCAGCACCACCAACGGAGACCAGCUGUGCGGCGGCCGCGCCGCUGGCGGCGCAUACCGCUACGUGCGCUCGCUGGCGUACUUCAAGUACCUCAACAUCCUCGGCGGCGCCCGCGCCUCGACGUACGACGGCCUGCCGGGCACGUUCCCGGCGCUCGACUCGCGCGAGCCGGCCAACUCGAUGUACCCGACGUCGAGCAGCAGCCAGCUGCGCCCGUUCCGGAGCACAAAGGUCGGCCACAAGCUCGUCGGCAUCCACGGCGCCGGCCACUCGGCCGAGGAGGUGUUCGAGAGCACGGCGGGCAUGCGGGCCCUCUUCCUGCCCGCCGCCUCGCUGCCGGCCAUGACGAUGUAGCCGUCUCGCCGUCUGGCUUGCCCCUGGUCCCGUCACACUGCACCCCAUCCAGACUCGCUCAUGCAUCCCGCCUCCUGUAUCCUGCAUCUAUCUCGAUCUCCCUGUCGCCGCGCCCCAUCGAUCG